CUUCGAUACAUUCGCCCCGAAUUCCAUCCAGCAAGCAAAGAUCUAUAAUAAUGCCAGCGGAUGACGAACCAUCCAAUAACCCAUUUGUGAGAUUCAAGCAGCAUGUCGACGCCCACAUAAGCGCGGGACUCCAGGGCGUUUUUGGAUUGCCAGACCUCAUCACCCAGAACUCCAAUACCCGAGACAUGAGCUCCCAGGAGCCUGGUUCCGAAGCCAUGCGGUGCCGCCACGACCGCCAUUUCUCGGACCGUCAUGGCUCCUCCUCCUCACCGGAGGCGGGUGACUGGCUUUCCGAGCAACGGGAGGCGGCGGCCACCGAGGCGAGGAUGGACAGCUACUUCGAGGGCUACGGCAUGCCCGAGCACAUGCGGAGGUGGCAGGUCUUCGCGUACGGCUCGCGCUACUCGCCGCUGCGGCUGGCCAUGCUGCCGGUGCAGCCUCGGCCGCGGGACCUGGCCGACGACAUGGACCCGAGCAUGUUUACCUACGUCGACGCCUUCGAGGACCUGCUCGCCGAGAGCUCGGGGCGGGGCAUGAUGGACCUGCGGACGCGGUACGAUAUGAACAGAUUGCUGGCGCGCAUGUGGCCGAGGGGCGAGAAUCCGCUGUCGUGGGUCUCGAGACUCGAGUCGCAGGACCUUUCUAGGGUCUACUUCCACUACAGACGCGCGCACGACUACGCCCCGGAGCGGAUGGACGAGUGGGCUGAAUUGCCGUCGGAAGAUUAUGGGGACAAGCUGGGUUGGAGAGCCGCAUAUGAGGGAAACGGUCAAAGUGCUGAGCGGCGGCCUCUCCCGGCUCCACGCCAGGAGGAGACAGGCUUACAGACAGGCCUAUUUGGCGAGCUAGACAGAGUAUUCAGAGCACUUGGAAAGGUUCUCGAGGACGAGGUAUCUUCAUUUGGCCGGAGGAGAAAGCCCGAUGACCACCAGCCGACGAAAGAAGGCCAAGAGCAGGGCCCAGAGACCGAAGACGAUCUAUAUAGCUCCGUCCAGUCUGCUUUCCACGACGCGGAGCGGUCACUGAGCACCUUUAUCAAGUCGUUCUCGGGAGGGAGAUGGGGCUUCGAGCCCUGGCCAAGUGACGCGAAUCCUGGCAGUAACACACAGAAUGACGAGGUUCGCGAGGACGAUUCAGGCCGGACCGUCAAGACGACGAAGGAGUUCGUCGACGCCUUUGGAAACCUGCACGUAAAGACUGAAAUUCGCAGGACCGAUUUGGACGGAAAUGAGAUUGCGAGAGAGACGAACUACUCGGUCAGACCGCUGUCACAGGUGCGGAAGGCGCAGGAAGAGCCGGAGGAGGAGGAGUCACGGGAGGAUGUUGGUCUCGUUCAGGAUGAGAGACAGGGGGAGAAGAAAUCGGGCUGGUUCUGGAAAUGAAUGCGGUUCAAUAAGAGCUAUGAGCAUCUCCACUCAGAAAAGGAUUUAUAGGUUGCAAUCCCUACCACCUUCCGCUCACCCUUCGCUCUUCAAUUGCGUAGUGAUCUGAUCAAACACUGUAGAUGUGAAUCGAUAAUUCUGUAUAUCACAAGUCAAACGGAGUAUAUAAGCCGGCUAUCUAUGUAUAAUUGUCGAUGCUAACAGGUGGUAGCUGUGAACUGUGAAGUGAACAGUGGUAGCAAUGACUCAGAAUAGCACAUCCACAACGACACCCCU